ACGUCCGAUCGGGCCGCAAUACCGGGAACAUGAAGUUUGCCGAGCACUUGUCCGCCCACAUAACUCCAGAAUGGCGCAAGCAGUAUAUCAACUACGAGGAGAUGAAAGGUCUGCUAUACACGGCCAACGAGGCGGCACCCGCCGCCGAGAGUGUGGAGGAGGACGUCCGGAUGCGGCACUUUGCCAACUUUGACGAAUCCUUCUAUAACUACAGCGAUGCUGAGCUAAAGAAAAUUAACACUUUUUAUUCGGAAAAGCUAGCGGAAGCCACGCGAAAGUAUGCCGCCCUCACAACGCAGUUGCGCACCACACUCGAGUUGCACCAGAAAAGCAAGGCCAAAAACGGCCACAGCCAUAAGCCCAUUCACUUGCCGAACCGGAAAGCACAAGAGUUGAAGCUGGCGUUUAGCGAAUUCUACCUCAGCCUGAUAUUGCUGCAAAACUAUCAGAACCUUAACCACACCGGCUUUCGAAAGAUAAUGAAAAAACAUGACAAGAUCCUCGCUUCGGACAGUGGAGCCCGUUACUUGAAGGAAAAUGUCGAGACAAACCUCUUUUUCCUUAACAAAGACAUCGACAAGAUGAUCGUGGACGUGGAAACGACAGUGACGUUGCAGCUAGAGGGAGGUGAUCGACAGCGGGCGAUGAAGCGGCUGCGAGUGCCGCCGCUUGGCGAGCAACAGAGCCCGUGGAUCACCUUCAAGGUUGGUCUAUUCUGUGGAUGCUUCGUCAUUCUGUUUGUCGUUGUCAUGCUUUCAGCCAUCUUCCAUUAUAACGACACCGGCGACAAUCUGAAAAUUGCCUUCCGGCUAUACCGAGGUCCUUUACUGCUCAUUGAGUUUAUUUUUCUGAUCGGUGUCAACAUUUACGGCUGGCGUUCGUCAGGUGUCAACCAUGUACUGAUCUUCGAGCUUGAUCCUCGAAACCACCUCUCGGAGCAGCACUUGAUGGAGCUGGCCGCCAUCCUAGGUGUGGUGUGGACGCUCAGCUUGCUAAGCUUUCUUUACAGCGACAGUCUUAGCGUGCCACCGUUUGUGAACCCUCUCUUCUUGACCGUCAUCAUGAUAGUAUUUCUGAUCAAUCCGUUGCGCAUUUUCCGAUACGAGGCUCGGUUUUGGUUGCUGAAAACGAUCGGUCGAAUGGUGGCAGCUCCGCUGGUACAUGUAGGUUUUGCCGACUUCUGGCUCGCCGAUCAACUUAAUAGUCUCGUGACGGCGCUGCUCGACUUUCAGUUUCUGGUCUGUUUCUACGCGACCAACGGCAACUGGAUCGAGGUGAACAAUAGUGAGUAUACCGAUCAAUGCAUGGAGCACAGUUAUAUUAUCAGACCUCUAGUCAACUGUCUUCCGGCGUGGUUUCGGUUUGCUCAAUGCUUACGCCGCUAUCGCGACUCGCGUGAAGCGUUUCCACACCUUGCCAACGCCGGUAAAUAUGCCACCACGUUUUGUGUCGUCAUAUUUGCUACGCUCCGUAAUGCGAAUUCCUAUAGGUACGAAGAUUCGUUCGACAAUGUGUUUCUUUGGCUGUGGCUUUUGAGCUCGGUCGUAUCCUCUUGCUACGCCUACACUUGGGAUAUUAAAAUGGAUUGGGGUCUGUUUGAUCGCAAUGCCGGCGAAAACACCUUUCUGCGCGAGGAAAUCGUUUACUCAAUGCCGUUUUUUUAUUAUUUCGCAAUCAUUGAGGAUCUUGUGUUGCGCUUCGCAUGGAUCCUAGCAUACGGGCUAUCUGAGAGCGGGCUUGUCAGUGGGGAUCUAAUGACCUCAAUCCUAGCACCACUUGAGGUGUUCAGACGGUUCGUAUGGAACUUUUUUCGACUGGAGAACGAGCAUUUGAAUAACUGUGGCAAGUUCCGAGCGGUGCGCGAUAUUUCGAUCGCUCCGAUCGACUCAAAUGAUCAGGCCAUCAUCUUGAAGAUGAUGGACGAGGAAGACGGUGUCAUCAAUCGGUAUACCAAGCAUAACCGACCAAAACCAAAAAGAAUCAAAGAUGAGCGGCGUACGAAAGGAACCGAUGAAGGUGUAGAAGUUGAUACUCUUGGCAUUAUCAUCAUCUAACUAUCAACACAGUUGGUAAGGCUUUCAGGAUAGGGGCAGUGUUUUGCACCUCUGGUUAGUUUCGUUGAAUCAGUACUCGGUGGAAUUGAAAAGCUACAGUGAAAGGGAGAUGAAAAAAGCUCCGAUGCAUAUAACGGUAGUUGAAUACAAAGACAUUUUAUUGAGGGCGUUGAACAGGCUUGAAACUAACACAUAUCAGCUUAUCUUCCAUAUUUUAUUCAACAUAUGUAUAUUGUACUUAUAAUUAUUAUGGUACUUAUUUUUAUAACUUGUGGCAACCUGACUCUGGCUCGUUAUAUAUGAAAUCAUACAUACCUUUUAUAAUGUUACAUAGUGCGUAGAAAAAUGUGCCUUGGGAAAUGGCCUGGUUAAACAUCAAACCUACCUCCAUUUGACGCCAACAUUCCUUAAGUGCCUUAUGUGCUACAAGGUUAUUGAUAGAACGAUGGAUGAAACAAACGCAUCUUGGCCAUACAUUAGUUUUAUACGAUUAAAAAUAAGCGAUUUUUCCCGUAUUGACAUGGUUUAGUCAUUGGCGAAACAAGGUGCAAUAUAACAAAGAUUCCACUUAGCAUAACACUUUACAAAUAAAAUGUAAAACUGCCUCAUUUUUGUUGUCAGCUGGCUAGAAUUUGGCGCUAAGGUUACUGAUAAAAUAGAUCCUGCGGUGUUUAAAAUCGAGAAAUAUUCAAUGAAUGAACCAUGUUUUUAUAGCAGAUUGUUUGUUAAGUACUUCUUUUACGUUUAUAAACAUUUUCGUUUCGAUAUCUUUAAAUUUGAACAAGUUGCAAUGAAUGGAAGCUAGAAUGAGAAAAUUAGUUUUGGAUACUCAAAUCGAAAAUUCGAUGCAAAAUUGAUGCAUUUGGGUAAAUCAACAGUGUUCAUCGCCCUCAAUCGUUUCUUUGAUUAUAAUGGCAUAUUUGUUGUGCUGUUGCGCGGAACAGCGAAAUGCCGCCAGGGCUCUGGCGGCUACAUGUACGCUUUAUUAACAUAUUAACACAUAAUAACACAUAAUAACAAUUAAUAGGUUGCGACAUGUUUUAUGGAUUCUCAACCACUUGAAUUUCUGAUAACUUCAUUGCUGUACUGGCGCAGGGCUUUUUUUGGCAUAAGCCCUGCGGCACGGUACAGCUUCCUUCACGGAUCGCUCCAGUAUCACAACCCCAUUUUGUCGUGAAGACCAUUCAUUAGUGACGCAGCAGCCAGCCGCAAGGGCCCUGACGCUGUCUGGCUUCCCAACCACUUCAAUUUCUGAUUACUUCAUUGCUGUUCUGGCGCAGGGCUUAAUUUGGCAUAAGCCCUGCGGCACGGUACAGCUCUCUUCACGGCACGCUCCAGCAUUAGAACGCCAUUUUGUCGUUUCGUGAAGGCCAUUUGUUAGUGACGUAGCAGCCGGUCGCAAGGGCCUAGUCGCUGUCUGGCGUCGUCUUGGCUGUGGCUAACGAACGGACAGCAACCAAGGUUCAAGAUUCUCAGCCAAUUUUUUACUGAUAGGAAUAUUUCAUAUUUAGGACUUUUUUAUGUAAAUUUCUGUACUAAAAUUCUAUGUUUUUUUCAAGAUUCUUCUGAUUUGAAUUCUUAAAUGCUAGUUCAAAAUAGAGUGUAUUGAUUUGUUCUCGAUUUUAAACGCCACAGACUUAGACCAUUUUCAAGAUAGACCAUUUUCAAUUUUCUCCACAUUGGUGCUCACCACCACCGACUUUGAAAGAUUGUAUAUAUAUUUUGUGCUGCUGUAAUAUGAGAAAUCAACUCCAAAGUGAAACUUUAAUUAGAACGUAGAAGAACGUAUUAGAAUGUUAUGUACAUAGAACGUAAGAGCGAAGUAAAGCCGAAAAGGCUACGAUAUUGUGUUUUAAAGGAUGCAGAUGUACUUAGCAUGGGCCGCGAUAACUUGAUCCCAUAAACUCCAGCCUAAAUACUGUAAUCUGUCAAAUCCUACGGAAGCUCAUUCUGUUUGUGAUUUACAGUUAAGCAAAAUUAUUUACUUUUCCACUGCUUUCGUAGGCAGAAUCAGAUUAUGUUUUCAGCGUUCAAACAGUUAAGCUUGUACAUUUCUAUCAGUUUUUCUUAAAUAUUUUGUCUUUUUUGUUCCUUAUUUUCUUCACCCGC